GCAGAUCAAAAGACGAAGUGUGUGUUUUGUGUCAAUCAAACAACGCAUGUUAAGUCAACCGAGUCUUUUUCCGCUAUUUGGAAUGAGUGGCGUUUUAGGCAUCAUGUAACUUCCCACACAAGAGGGUCCCACGGAAAUCCUAUCGUUGCCUCCAAUCAUGUAGCGAUUAGGUUGAUAGGGUAUAUAAUUAGCGGGUGCGAAUGGUGUUUGCUCUAUUUAAUUUAUUUUUUUGGGCUAAAGAAAACACAGAUUUAUUUUGUGUCGGUGAUGGCGGUCGGAAACGCGAUUCUCGGCACUCGCGAUUCCCCUUCUUUGAAAUAUCUAUUUAAACCCGCCCAACUUUCCCUCCAUUUCCUCUCAUCCCUCCUCUGUCUCUCUCGCUCGUUCGCUCUCGAGAACCCUAAACAUCUCUCCCACUUCCCCGUUCCUCUCUCCCGAUUCUUGGGUUUCGAUCCUCUCUCCGCCGAGAACGAGGGUUCUCUCUGGCUCGCCCUCCCGGGGUUUCAUAUGCUGCGCCCCCUCCCCAGCUCCGUGGCCGAUCCGAUCCCCGGCGCAUGAUGUCGGAAGAGAAAGUGGAGAACGGCGACGUCGAGAUCCGCGAUGUGUGGGCCAGAAACCUCGAAUCUGAGAUCUACGUGAUCCGCAACAUCGUCGGCGACUUCCCUUUCAUCGCCAUGGACACCGAGUUCCCCGGCGUCGUCGUCCACGACACCGGGGCCUUCCAGGAGCUCGCCGACGCCAACUACCAGUACGUCCGCGCCAACGUCGACCGCCUCCACCUCCUCCAGCUCGGCCUCACCUUCUUCAACGCCGCGGGCAGCCUCCCCGCCUCCCCCGACUCCGGCCGCCCCGUCGUCUGGCAGUUCAACUUCCGGGAGUUCGAUGUCGGCCGCGACCCCUCCUCCGCCCAUUCCGUAAAAUUCCUCGAGAAAACCGGGAUGGACUUCAAGAAGAACCAGGAGGAAGGUGUGGACGCGAAGUUGUUCGCGGAGCUCUUCAUCCCCUCCGGCACCGUUCUCGACGACUCCGUCUACUGGGUAGCUUUCCAAAGCGCCUUUGACUUCGCGUACCUGCUAAAGAUCCUCACUUGUAAGCCGUUGCCGGAGACUCGGGAAGGGUUCUUCGAAAUCCUCCAAAAGUUCUUCCCCCUCUUGUACGACAUCAAGCGCGUGAUCCAUUUGAAUGACAAUUUCCACGGAGGCCUCAACUCGCUAGCUACCUUGUUGCGGAUCGACAGGGUCGGGAUCGCCCACCAUGCCGGCUCCGAUAGCUUCGUCACGGCUCUGGUCUUCCUCAAGCUGCGGGGCCACCCCGUUGUUGGGUCCAUGGAGAAUUAUCUCGGCUUGGUGUUUGGUUUGGAUGCGGAGACUGCACAGAUUUUUAGCAAGAAGUCAUGAAUUGGUGAUCCGAGAAAGGAAGAAGGUUUUCCUCUCACCUCAUCUUGCAGGUACGGUUCCUAACUGACGAAACAUGUCUUCUUCCAUAGCUUGUUUCUCCUGCUGUUUCUUCCCGUCCACCUUAGAAGAAUGCUAUAUACUGAUGAUGGUGCUUCUUGGUUUCUUUUUGUGGAUAAUGGUGAAUAGUUGUGAUCUUUUUUGGUUCCAUAGUUUUGGUUUCAUUUUCUUCCCGUCCACCACCUUACAAGAAGAUGCAUCACCAGCAAAUUGUUA